AUGUCUUACCUAAUACAAAAAACUGCAGUCACAAUUACAAAGAAACAGGGAAAGAGUCGCCCAGCUCCAAUUCCAGAGCCUGGUUUUGCCAUGUAUUCUACUGACUCUGAGGAAGUGUUUUCUUUCUGUAAUGAAAAAAAUACCUGUGCUAAAGUUCUAACCAUGCUACGGAGGAAUCACAGAGACUACACUCCUGGUCAUGUGACAGCCAAGUCUGUAUUGGGAAAUGGGAACACUCCCUUCAACGACCGACUAGCGUCAUCCACUCCAGACCCUGACCGACCUCAGAUCAUACCUGAGAGGGAUACCAAUUGUACCCCAAGGGUUCCCUUUGGAGACUACAAUACAGGGGCCACUACAGUGGGUACUCAUAUGGAGUAUCACGGAACAGACUUUCAGUUGUUUGGUAACCAUGGAUACCAAUCUGUAAUGCCCACAAGUGGAACUGGUCAAAGUUUUGUGAUAACCGGCAUUGAACAAAAUAUGGCUGAUGGUUUAGGCAAACGUGAAAGUGACAUUGGAGCAUUUGAGGCAUACAUAGCAAGGGAGUCUACAGGAUUUUCGACUGUACCAACUAGUGGACAGUCACCAGAGCGUGUCGGUGUACCACAUGGGAACAAUCAGUCAGGCAGCUCAGGUGAUAAAAGUAGGUCAUCAUUUCUUCAAAGCUCUCAGACUACAGGUAACAGUAGUGGCACAGAAUACAUUUACUUACCCAGACCAGCAGGUACUUCAGGUAUACUAGAUCGCAAUGUCCCACCAGGAUUUCAUUAUCAAAAUGGUCUAUACCAGAUUCGACCUCAUGGGCCCAUGACAGCAGGGGCCCCAGGUGAAGAAAGACAGAUACAUGAUGCUCAACUCAUCCCUGUUUCUUCCACCAAUUCAGAUCAGAACUGUUCAGAUCAUAGACCUCAUGGCAAUUUUAUUUAUGAGGUACCUGAAAGAGACAUUGAACCAAAGAAAUCUCCCAGACCAGGAGAAACAUGCAGAGAUGCUGCUCCAGACACCAUAUCAACAAUUGAUGGGUCUGUUGCAAACACAUUUGAAGCUCUGACACCUCGUAGUACUAUCACUGAGAGCACCAACCAAUUUCUCCCAGCAACUGAGCCAAAUGGUUUCAAGUCAAAAGAUUCAAAACCCAGUCUGACAGAUAAUGUCAAAAGUAAAAAGCAAAACUCGUCGAGUGAAUUCACUGAAAACAGAACUGGUUCAUUUCAAACACAGUCUUCUCAGAUUAGUGCAGAAAGUAAUGCAGGAUCGCAUGGCAUCUCUUCAACUGGGACAUUAUACCACCUAAUUCACACAGAUAAAGGCAAAGAGCUUGUGCCCGUGUCCUUGGUACCCUACCCAAGCUUCAUACAAAUUCCUGGUGGAGUACAACUUGAUAACAAAGGUCAAGGUCACAGAACAAAUAGUCAGGGUCAAGUUCAAUCGAAUAUUGAAAGUUGUGUUCCAGUGUCUGUACUGACAAAUGAGGCUGAUUUUGCCUCCCUUAAACAUCAAAGCUUGAGCUCUGCUGUCAACAGUCAGGACAAUCAGGCAAGUGUUCCUGGCCAGCCUAAUCCCUGGAGUGGAGUGAGACUGGAUGCUGGUAUGAAGAGAGUCCGAUACCUGCUGGGAGAGAUGAAAGAAUGUGGUAAAAUUAACAAGGAUGUUGAAAUUGGUCGUCUGACAAGAGAAAUAGAGAAGUCCCUAGAUUCAAUCCCUCAACUCAGCGCUACCUUCAGUCUUCAAGCUGAGAUAGAUUUAGCUCUUCAACCACUACGUAAUGAGAAUGCACAACUACGCAGGAAACUUCGACUUGCAAAUCAAAAUGUACGGGAACAUGAACAGGAAAAAUUAAAGGCAACAGGGGUGGAUUUUGAUGUGCUACAUUUAAAGGCCAGCAACUCCGGGUUACAACGACAGUUGAAAGAGGAGAUGGAAGAGAAGGUGAAGCUGGCAGCAGAAGUUGCUACUCAACUCAGUGAGAUUCAACGAAUGAAGGUGGAGAGAAACAGACUUCUAGCUGCUUUAAGUGAAAAGGAAACAGAUGAGUUGAAAAUCAAACAGGAGUGUCUUAUAGAUGCCCAGAAAUUCCGAAAAGAGAUGGAGGCGAUGAAUCGCCAAAUUGAGGCCAUCCAACUUCAACAAGAGGCCUCAGACCAGGAAAAUCACAUCCUACAAGUGUCACUACAGCAGAGGGAUGCAGAGAUCAAUCGACUACAAGAUACUGUCCAGGAGAUGAAAUCCAGUGUGACUGAAUUGAUGCAGGAGUUGGACAAAUCAGGUGACCAAAAUGUAAUGAAUGACGACAGCCGCAGGCUUCUGUUGAAAAUCCUGGGAGGGGAACAACAAAUGUCAAGGCCUCCUGCAAGUAUUCUAUCACCAUCCCGGUCUCAAAAUACUCAGAACAUCAGGGGGUUAGCUGUCAGUAGGCCAGCAGGACCAGUGAAGACUCUAAGGUUUGAUCCAAGAGAAAGAGAAAGUCGUGCAGAAUAUCGGUCAUCAGCUAAAUUAACGGAGCAGGCUCUAGCCAGCCACAAUAAAUCACUGGAACAGAAGAGUGAUAACAAGGGGAACAACUGUGAUCGGAAAAUCAAGUUCAUGUUGAAUGAAGGAACUCAAGAAAGAAUAUUAUCACGACAACGCAGACGAAGCAGUUCCCCUCAUGGAAGAAGAGAGUUGAAAGAAGGUAGCCAUAGGCGAACAUUGAGCUCCUCUCCACGUCAAGUUGAACGACUCUCUCUAAUUGACUCAGAGGUUAAAGAUGGAGACAAAUCAACGGAGGACAUAUUCACCAGCCAAAGAAUGAAUAAAAUUUUAUAUGAUGAUGGACAUGAGAGACAUGGUUCACAGCAACUAAUCAAUUAUAACAAAGAUAGAUCAGGAAUUCAGCCUUGGUGCCAGGUGAACUUUGAAUCUAAUCGGUCUGAUGCUGAACAGUCCCGAUAUAGUGUCACAGAUUACUUCAGAAAAUAUAAAACAACUGGUGAUGAAAGUUACAAAAGACAUUCCAUUCAUAAACGAGCAGCGAGUCAGCCAGCAGAUCUCUUGUUAGGUUCCACACAGACUGGAUAUCCCAGAGAUUUCAGUACUUCCAGAUUCACAAACUCUCAGCAGUCAGAAUCAAAACGUCCAACAACACUUGGUAUUCAGCCAAGAUCGAAAACUGAUUCCCGAGAGAAGUCUGGCCAGGAUAGUCUAUACCAUGGGACUGCACUGGAUAACUCUGUUAGUGCUAUUGAAGAUGAUAACAUCUCCAGUGUGUCUGGCUCAGGGAAAACCUUGUCCUCGUCCUCAACUGUAACGGACAAAACAUUCCGUAAAGGCAUAGCCACUUUAGAUGCAAAUAUUCUGAAGCUACAACUAGCUUUACAAAGGACUAAAAGCAUGUUGUCAUAGAAACUACCCAUAAUAUAUGUAGAAUAUAUAUAUAUAUAUAUAAUAUUUUAUAAAGUUCAUUAGCUCCAGAAUAAUUUUGCUACAUUUUGACAUAUCUGUGUGUAUUAAGGUCAGUAGGGGCCUAUUAUCUAUUGUCUAUCAGGCAUCUGUAAAGAAUUGUCAUUUGAGCUGCUUCUCAAAAACCCUUCUACUGAUUGUGAUGAAUUUUUAUAAGAUUAUUUUCAUAUAGAAAAAAAAAAAAACUUAAAUUAUGAGUACUGAUUAUGAUACAAGGUUCUGGUUGAAAUUGUGAGUACAGUGUAUCAUGAGUACAGUGUAUGAUAUCAUGAGUACAGUGUAUGAUAUCAUGAGUACAGUGUAUGAUGAAAGGUUCUUGUUGAAAUUGUGAGUACACGU